CGCUCCGUUAGAAUUAAAGGGAAAGGGAGCGAGGACUGGACUUAGGAAGGACCUGUGGGCGGGGGGGAAAAACAUCAGGGUAAAAGACAAAGACAAAACGUUGGCCUAAAGAUAGCAUAGCAGGCUGGAACCCAGCCUUGGAACCCAGGCAGGGCAAAAGUGGAGCCUGAACCUGAGUGCACAAGGCCUGGAGAUCUGGUCCAGGCUCUUGGGGCCUGCGGUGCUUACAGUGUAAGAACAUGACGAGCUGCAGUGUUGAAGAGUGUACUCCUGGUCAGGACCUCUGCAGGACCACGGUCCUGAGUGUGUGGGAAGGUAGCAACGAGAUGAAUGUGAUGAGAAAAGGCUGUACCCAUCCGGACAAGACCAACAGGUCCAUGAGCUAUCGGGCUGCCGAUCAGAUCAUCACCCUUUCAGAGACCGUGUGCAGGUCAGACUUGUGCAACAAGCCCAACCCUGGCCAAGAUGCUACUGUUUCCAGAAACCGCUACCUCGAAUGUGCUUCCUGUUCCUCGACAGACCUCAGCUGUGAGAGGGGCUGGGACCAGACCAUGCAAUGCCCCAAAUCUAGAGAUCAGUGCGUGGAUGUGAUAACCCACCGGAGCCUGAAAGAGAAUCCAGGUGAUGAGCGCCACAUAAGAGGCUGUGGCAUCCUUCCUGGCUGCCCAGGCCCCACCGGAUUCCACAACAACCACACCUUCCACUUCCUGCGGUGCUGCAACACCACCAAAUGCAAUGCAGGCUCAGUCCUGGAGCUUCAAAACCUGCCACCAAACGGCUUGCAGUGUUAUAGCUGUGAGGGGAACGGCGCCCACAGGUGUUCCACUGAAGAAACUUUCCUCAUUGACUGCCGCGGCCCUAUGAAUCAAUGUCUGGAAGCGACAGGCACUAAAGGACUGAGGAACCCAAGCUACACCAUCAGAGGUUGCGCAGCCCCCUCGUGGUGCCAAAGCCUCCACGUAGCUGAAGCCUUCGACCUCACCCACGUCAACGUCUCGUGCUGUACUGGAAAUGGCUGUAACCAUCCAGCCAGGGACACCCAGCCCGGCAAGGGGGGUGCCCCCAAGACCAGCCCUGCCCACCUCAGCUUCUUUGUCAGCCUGCUCUUGACUGCCAGACUUUGGGGAGCCACUCUCCUCUGCACUUGAACCCCACAUUCCCACCACACUGGCUGGAUUCAGGGGAUCCCUUUGCCCUUCCCUCAGUUCUCAGCCCUACCAACUUGCUGGGUGACCUCAGGCCAGUGGGCUGCCCUCUCUGGGCUUCAGUUUUCCCAGCUGUCCAGAGAGAGGGCUGUGAGAACCAGAGGAGAAAAGCUAGCAAAAGCUGCAGGCCAGCAGGAGAGAGCUCAUAUGAUUAUUGAUAGUGUUACGGCUAUUGUUAUUAUUAAUUAAUAUUUGUUUUAUUUAAUAUUUUAUACUGAAAUAAAGAUUUUUGAACCAGCGAA